AUCCUACAACUAUCACAUCCAAAGUCGAACGAGUUGCGAAUAAGCAUUAUUAAUCAUAAGCAUGCAAUGAAUAAUCUGAUUGGGUCUCGAUUCGGCCCAGAAGAUGCGUCGCCCACCAGAUGCCCAUUACAGCUUCACGAUACCCUCCAUACACGAUGAUACGACGCUCGACUGCCGCCUAUACCACCCCGAUGUCCUACUUAAGCCGAAAGACUCGAGUGAAAUCGUACAAUGGAAGAGAAGGGGCAUCGUCAUGGCACAUCCGUAUGCUUCAAUGGGUGGCAGCUACGAUGAUCGGGUAGUGGGUAUCGUGGUAGAGGAGUUUCUACACGCUGGGUGGAUGGUGGGCACGUUCAACUUCAGAGGUGCAAACACGUCUAAAGGACGUACCAGCUGGUCCGGAAGACCUGAGCUGGACGAUUACAAUUCCUUCGCUGCAUUCUUCAUGCAUUACAUGUCCUACAUCCAGCCGCAUCUUACAAAGACUCCCGGUGUCGCUUUCACGCCCAAACAGUCGCCAAUACCACCUGAAAUGCGAGAAGCAGCGCAGACACAACCGGAUACUUGUCCUGUAGUCGUGUUAGGAGGGUACUCAUAUGGCUCCCUCAUUCUCAAGAACCUACCGCCUGUACCUACCAUACUACAACCCUUCUCUGCCCCGUUGGCGGGCUCUGCGGCCGACGAGAUAAUUCUUCGUGCGCGCAAGUUGGCAGCCCAGAGCAAUCUGGAUUGGAUAAACCUCGCUCGAGAUGAGACCCGAGCGAGGAAGAGCAGCUCAGGUCACGAUCUGACCAGUCCAGUCAUGAUUGGUGGAGAAGAAACCAGCCCACAUAAAAGGAGAAGCAGCAGGGACGUCAAGAGAAACCUUGAGGGAGGUACGCGUCUAGAGAUACGAACGCGGCUGAGAAGCCUUAGUCACAGGCGGCACGACCACAAUGAAGCAAUAUCAACACCAGAUACGAAGAGUGUGUCCAUCACCAUGCCUAACAUUCGUUAUAUUCUCAUCUCGCCGUUGACACCGCCUGUAUCUACUGUGGUGGCACCAGCAUUGGGUUACAAAAUUUGGAGUAAAUCUAGGGAAGAUUAUCAGGAGGUCAUUGCGAAGCAUGCAUGCCUUGCUAUUUAUGGAGACCAGGAUAUAUUUUCCUCGGCAAAGAAGAUCCGAGACUGGUCCGAUCAACUCAAGGCAGCGCCUACGUCACGAUUUACCAGCGUCGAGGUUGCUGGCGCAGGGCACUUUUGGGCCGAACCAGACGUCGAAGUCAGAUUGAGGUCGGCGUUGGAAGAGUGGGAACACGAUAUACGGUAGCAUCUGCUUGAGUAUAUAUAGCAUUAUAUCUCCUACCAGGUCCUGGAUACCAGCUUUGCAUAG